AAGCAGUGAACAGAAUUGCAACUCACAAUGAGCCUCAUCGAUACUCAUCACCACUUCGUCCCCGAAUUUUAUGCUCAAGCUGUCGAGGAUGCUGGAGGUGACCCUUCUGGCUGGCCGACACCUUCUUGGUCAGCCGAGGGCGACAUUGCGUUCACAGACAAGAUUGGUGUGACCAAGGCUAUCUUGUCGCUGACUGCGCCUGGAGCAGUCAUCGCCCCAACGACCGAGAAGAGAAGAGCACUGGCCCGCAAGGCGAACGACGAUGGGGCUUUUUCGCAUCUGCCUUGCCUUCUCGAUACCGAAGGCGCUCUGGUGGAAAUCAAAUACGCCCUAGAUGUGUUGAAGGCUGAAGGUGAGCUGAAUUUCAGAAAGGCCGUGGUCUUCAUUCACCCUACUCAUCCCGCUGAUACGACUCGAGUCAACCCUCUCCUACCGCAGCCAGCCAUUGAUUAUCCCCAUGAGACCACGAGAACUGCUGUCGACAUGAUUAUCACCAACACAAAGAGAAGUUAUCCAGACUGCAAAGUAAUUCUUUCCCACGCCGGAGGAACGCUGCCCUUCUUGAUUACGCGCAUUUGCGCCGUGUCGAAGGAAGCCGCUGCAACCGCCCGCAUUUAUGGGAAAUCCUCCGAAGAGAUCAUGGAAGACUUUCGGUCAUUCUACUUUGACUUGGCCCUCUCCAGUUCCGAGGCCGUUCUCAAGCUAGUUCUCGAAGUUAUUCCGCAUGAUCAUAUUACUUAUGGCUCUGAUUUUCCUUAUGCGUCCCCCGACAAAUCACUUGGAUUCAAGCAAAUUCUAGAUGGCUUCCCGCUUGACCCAGAGCUACGCGAUAAGAUCUACUUUGGAAAUGCGAACAACCUUUUCAACAAGCCAUAGCAAUAUGGCUCUUGAGUGAAAAAGUAGUACCCUAGCUUUGUAAAACUUUUCGCUCCUCUUGUGAUGGGAGAUGAUAUCGAAAUUUAAAUCAAGAAUGACCAAAUGUGCC